AUAUCAGGAUUAUUGAGAUGACUAAAUAGCAUUUUGGCCAUCAUAUCUGUCACAUGAUUAGUUGUUGAAAUGUUUAUCAUGUUUGGAUCAUUAAAGUAUAGUAUAUCUAUCUCCUGGUUCUGAUUGCAUAAACUCUUUACACCUCAUCCCAUGUUUUAGAGGGGAUCUUGUGUGAGAUAUGGUAACAAAACGUUGUUUCUUUUUGUCCUUGUGUCUCAUUCAUUCUAAUAUGAUAAUUUGGCAAAGUUUUCAUUCAAGAUAAAAAAGUCUUUGUUUAGGAGCAUGCAGGCCACACAUGCAAUGCAACUGUACCUUGAUGUUUGCUUGCACAUUGAAGUAGCACAAGGACAAAGAGGGGGUGAGGUAGGUGGUAGGUCUUUUAGCUCUCAGAGAACAUGGAUGAUACAACCCCUGGGGUGGUGGACAAACAGGUGCUGUGAAAAUGAUUUGAGGGCCAGUAAUGAGAGUGAAUCCAUCCGCCGAGGAGGAGGAGGAGGAGGAGAAGCAGGUGUGGCUUUAAAGAGGGAGAAAUCUUUGGAUGGACCAGCGACUCCGUGUCAUUUAAUGUGCACUCACCCACUCAUCUUUGUGAUAAGGAACAUGAAGUCAGGCUACAAAAAGGCUUGGAAAUCCCUGUUACCUCUUCGGCUAAAUAAGAGAUCUUCCAAUCGGUUUUGUAUGUUCUCAAAGGUUCGAUCGGCCAGCAGAACAUCAGGAAAUGCACCUGUUUAUCUAAAUGUGUAUGACUUGACACCAAUUAAUGGCUAUAUGUACUGGGCAGGCCUUGGGAUAUUUCACACAGGUGUUGAAGUUCAUGGGGUGGAAUAUGCAUUUGGCGCACAUGACUAUCCAACAAGUGGAGUCUUUGAGGUUGAGCCUCAUCAAUGUCCAGGAUUCAGGUUCAGGAAAUCAAUAUUCAUGGGUACAACAUGUUUAGACCCAUUUCAGGUUCGAGAGUUCAUGGAAAUUCAGUCUGUAAAUUAUAAUGGAGACACCUACCACUUGAUCACGAAGAACUGCAACCAUUUCUGCCAAGAUAUCUGUUUUAACUUGACUGGUAACUCAAUUCCAAAAUGGGUGAACCGACUUGCUAGGAUAGGUUCCCUCUGCAACUGCCUACUGCCCGAAGCCCUUAAGAUAACUGCUGUUCAACAUGACCCAGUUCCGCAAACCAAGGAUGGUGAGAGGAGGAAGCUGAGGAGUGCUUUCAGUUGUCUGUCCUCGAUUUCUACGCGUCAGAAACGCUUCUCUGCUGCUUCUCUGUUAUCACCUCCAUUUAGAAGUGCCUUUCAUAUUGGGAGUUAGGUCUGGUGCCAUUCCAAUAAAGAAUGCCUGAAAAUAGCAGGAUCUGUUGAUCAAGAAAAAACCUGAUGGUUUCUUAGUUUUCUCCCGUGGAAAGCUUGUGAAUGCAUAUCUUAGUACAGAAAGAUGGCUUCCCAUAAUGUGCUAUAAGCUUUGACCUUGUUGUAUAAGCUUGUUGUGGAUAGGAAAGCGAUCACUAAAUGAUGUGCAAUGCUUCUGUUAUUUGUUAGGUUGCUCACUUGAACAGAGACUUUUGUAGCACUGAUCAUCUGAGGUUUGUUGUAUGAUUAUUUCAUAGAAGCAGUACCCAAAUUUUUGGAUA